GUGUGGGAGCCGGUGAGCAGGAGGAAGGCCCGCCCUGUGCUGCCGCAGACCCGGAGCCGCUGGGGGGACCGGAGGGCGGGAGCUGCUGGACGGGAGGAGGUAACAUGGAGAAUGGGAAAGGAAGGUAAGGGGAAGCCGUUCUCACCAUGAGCCAGACGUGUCUGAUGCCGAAACACUCCCAGCCAAUCACAAGCCUGCUGCACUCACGCCAAGCUGGGUCUUCUGUCCUAAAACCAACCAAUAAUCCGGAGCCGCCGGAGCCCAGAUAUUAGAUGCUGAUCCCAACCUCCCGAAGCGUGAAGAGAAACUCAUGAGUAUCCCCUGUGGAGACUCCACUGCCGGCCAUGACAUCUACCACAGCCCGGAUGUCCCUGAAGUGGAACUGGUCAGCAUGCUAGAAGAGCAGCUCCCCCAGUACAAGCUGCGAGUGGACUCCCUGUUCCUGUAUGAGCACCAAGACUGGAUCCAGUCCCCAACGCAGCCGAGCAAUGGCCCCAGCAUCCUGUCCCCUGUGCUGGCUGAGGAGACUUUCCGUUACAUGAUUCUGGGCUCGGAGAAUAUAGACGAGAUGACGAGAAGUUACAAUGACGCGGAGGUGCUGGGCCGCAUGCUGGCAGAGAGGGACCGGGACCUGGAGCUGGCGGCCCGGAUUGGCCAGGCCCUUCUGAAGAGGAACCACCUAUUGUCCCAGCAGAACGAUUCUUUGGAGGAGCAGCUGACACAAGCGCUUGAUCAUGUCAACCAGCUCCAGCAUGAGCUAUCGAAGAAAGAUGACCUGCUCCGCGUGGUUUCCAUCGCAUCGGAGGAGAGCGAGACUGACUCCAGCUGUUCUACUCCAUUGCGCUCCAACGACUCCUUCACCCUCACACAUGGGCUGCUGCAACUGGAUAACUUACACGGGAAGCUGCGGGAUCUGGAGGAGGAGAACCUGGCGUUGCGCUCCAAGGCCACCCAUCUGAAGACAGAAACAAUAACCUACGAAGAAAAAGAACAACAACUCGUCAUCGACUGUGUGAAGGAAAUUCGGGAAUCUAACGUCCAGAUCAGCAAACUGACCGAUGAGUUGUCCGAUAAAUCCGAGGAGAUUGUCCGGUACCAGGAGGAGAUUUCCGCUGUGCUCACACAGAUUGUAGACCUGCAACACAAACUGCGGGAGAGCGCAUUAGAGAAAGAGGAGCUGAGAAUUCACUUACAGGCGUCCAAGGAGGCUCAGCGACAGCUGACCGCGGAGCUGCACGAGUUGCAGGACCGCAAUGUGGAAUGUCAGGGGAUUCUGCAGGAGACUCGGGAUGAACUGAAAUUGCUGCGCUGCAAAGCGAGUCCUUCCGCCCUGCUGAGGAGGCCCCAGUCCUGCAGCGUCUUCCCAGUGGACUCCCUGGCAGCGGAGAUAGAGGGCACCAUGCGGAGGGAGCUCAGCCUAGAGGAUGAGUCCAGCACCAUGGAGAGAAGUAGGAGGCAUCCAAACCGUGUGUUUGAUACUGUGAAGGUGGCAAAUGAACUCUGUUCCCGAUCUUGCGUCCCACAUCCUCUGCCUAUACCUGGCUCUAACCGCUCUGGCGUGGUGAUGACGGCUCUGCCUUAUGGGACCGAGCAGAAGAAUCCUGACGUGUGCUCCAUGGCAGAAGACCUGAGGAAGCCAGACAUUAGAGACCAGCCAGCCAUCCCAGGAGACAGUAAUCUGGAGACCGCUCUGCACAGGCUCCACCUCCGGCGCCAGAACUACCUAAGUGAGAAGCAGUUUUUCAGGGACGAGUGUGAGCGGAGACUGAAGCUGCUGGAGGACAAGACAGAACACAGUGGCGGCAUCACUCCAAGCGGAAGUGUCCUCUCCAUGGCAACCAACUUCUCCGACAUCACCGACUCCUCCUCCACCACCACCUCCCUGCGCAGCCUCUUACCGGAGAAACUGCAAAUCGUUAAGCCCCUUGAAGGUUCUCAGACACUUCACCACUGGCAGCAGCUGGCACAGCCUAACCUGGGCACCAUUUUGGAUCCCCGCCCUGGCGUAAUGACCAAAGGCUUCAAGCCUCUGCCUGAGGAUGCGGAGUACCACUUGUGUGAUCUGGAGGAGGAUGAAAAGGAAGAUGAAGAGGAGGAGGAUGAGGGGGGCAUAACCUUUGAAGUACAGGAGAGAGCUGAAGAUGAAGUGCCAAAGGCCGCCUUAAGUAUAUUCCUGCCACCAGCUACGGUGUCGCCAGCCGCAUCCUCUGCCAUGAACCCAGGAAAGUGUCUGUGCAACACAAGCUCUACCUUCACCUUCACCACCUGCCGGAUCCUGCACCCCUCCGCCAUCACUCAGGUUACCCCCAGUUCAAUGUACACCCCAUCAUCCUUUGGGAAUGGAAGCACCACCAGCACAUUGGUGAGUUCUCCAGCAAUGUCGUGUCGGCUGAGUGUCGGAGAAUGCUUCGGAAAAGAAGCCGAUUCUCACUUAAACAGCACCAGUAACUUGGCCAAACUCCUCCAGGAACAAGGGAUUUCUGCUAAGGUCAACAGCCCCCUGCCCCCAGAGAAGCCGCCACGUCCGCAGAACUUGCUCCUCCCUUCCACUCCGCCCAAUUCCCCGUCCCGUUCUCCAUGUUCUUCUCCUCUGAAUUUUGAAUCAAGAGCGAAUUCCUCUGAAACCUUCCUGGCGGUUUCCAGGCCGGCUGAGAGCUUUCUUCAGGAAAUGUAUGGGUUAAAGUCAGCUCGGAACCAGGCGGACUUAGGGCAGCUGAAGAUGAAUUUGGUGGAGCGGUUAAAGCGCCUAGGAAUUGCAAGAGUUGUCAAACAACCACAGGCAAGUGGCGAAAUGCAGGUGCCAGCGCCAAGCGGCGGGCUAAGGCGGCAAGAAUCGAUGUUUGUGGCAACAAGCAGCAGCCUCCUGGGUGGUCUGAGAAGGAACCAGAGUCUUCCGACUAUUAUUGGGGGACUUGCACCUCCAGCCUGCACCUCUUCUCCAAAAAUGGGUAGCUUAAAAGAAGACUGAGAACGAGAGCAAUGUAAAUUCUUAGUGCGAUGAAGGAGUUAUAGAGUAUGUUCUGUACAGGGAUAGUUACUGGAGGUACCGGCAUGUUGAGAAGGUGAUAGAGCAGGUGGCUUCUGAAUGCUAGGUGUAUAAAGCAUUGAGAUCUCGCUGUGGGUAAGUGAGAUCUAGUUAAAGGACUUUGAAAGUUUUAUUGAAAGUCUAAAGGAAGGAGAAUCCAGAUGUGGACACGUGGGAUGUCAGAGGGGAACAGUUCUGCAGGGUUUCUUCUAGGAACCAAAUCGCACUAAGAAUAUGUACCGUGGGUUUGUCAUUGGUGGAGUCACUUGGAAAGCAGAACGGUCCUCCUGCAGACUCUGGGAGAACGCUGGUCGCCGCUGGGACUCAUUUACCGCUAAUCUGCUGAAUAAGUCGCCACACACCGCCCAGCCGCGUGUAGGAGAUUCGCACUAAAGAUCAUUUAACCAAAAGCUACAAAUGUUACCUACAGUGUUACACAUUUCCAGGAUCAAAAAGUUGAAGUGUACAUAGCAUUGGGAGUUAUAUAAAUAUAAGGCAUUUACCCCCUAUAAUAAGAUCUGUAAGCUACAAGAAGCCAAUAUCCGCAAGAGUCUAGAAACAAAACUUUUGUAACGUCCGGCUGAGUUACCAUUCGAUGCCCUGAAAAUGUGGGGACUUCUUACCUUACAUAGUUAUUUACUAUUACAAACAUGUUAGAGAUCUGUACAAUGUUAUUGUGCAAUAUUACCCGCAUACCUCCGCCCUACAGGGUUUAUGGAAAAGCCUGCGCCUAAGCCCAGCCGUGUCACAUCUCCAACCGUGAGGCGACCGCGCCAAAGUCAUUUGUCUUUAGAAGCGUACUAUAAAAGCGCCAGAAUACUCCAGCGUGUGUUGUAGGGCUGUAGCGCAGUCGGUGAUGAAUAACCGCGGCGAGCUCUAUCGCCGGCUGAUGGGCGUUUUAAUGUGACUGUAGAUUGUUAUUUGUGGAGGAGGAAGGAUUUGUUUUCCGUAUAAAACCUAAAAAGCACAAACUUUGUAAAGGAUGAUGGAAGUUUUUAUAUCGUGGGAAAGCUGGAAAAGGAAUAUUUAUGUGAGGGGAAGACACUGUGGAUCCGAGAAAUGGCCGCAUCCCUAUAAGACGAUUCCCUGUGUAUAGUGUCCGUGUAACAAGGUGUGCUGUUACUAAUCUGCGGCAUCCAUAGUUUGGUUCUAUAUAUCAAAACUGUCAGUGUAAAUAGUAACCAGAUGUAUAACAUUCUUUGUUGGAUAAUCUAGAAGUAAUAUUUUACUGAUCCUUUCUUCCGCUGGGUGAUAAGUGUUGCGGUAUUGUGUUUGCGCUACCCCAGGUUCCACUCGCACAGUAUAUACCUCCCCCCUGUGUGUUGUGUUUCGUGCAGCCUAGCCCGGUUUAUUUUAGCAACCACUAGAUGUUUUAUAUAUAGCGCAGUAAUACAGUUUCCCAUGUUUCCUCAGAUGGGCAUAAAAUGCUUUUUAUUGCAGGGUAAUGGUCACCGCUCCCAGGGUGUAGGUAAUACCCACAACACAGCGCCCUGGUGCAGGCACUUAUGGAAUGGUCAGAUAAUUCCUAGGAGGGCGUCAGUCCCGCCUGGGAGAUAGAUGAAGUGGAUAUCCUGUGCCGUCUUAUCAUUCUCGCCGUCUGACCGAGGCGCAGGGGCUGCCGGCUCUGCUUUGUAUAUACACCGUCCACUUAUUGGAGAAACAAGUGCAAAUAACCUUGGUGCCAAUGUCAAACGAAAACCUUUAUUUUGCAAACUGAGCUUGUUGCACUAGUGUGCAUUGUGAGUGUUACGUUGUUGUGUUUUAGUGUUGUGGCCGCUUAGUGGUGCCAGUUCUGUGGCCGUGGCGGAGCUGAUCAGGGAUAAUAGUGCCAGCAUCAGUUACAGGAUCGCGUCCGAUGAGACCUGGAGACGACCACAGACAGUCAGACGCUGACUGAUAGCAAUCCCCUCCCGACUGCCAGGCAAUGAGCCAGCACAGAGUACAUCCAGGGCUCGCUUCCCGGCUGGGGAUCAUAUAUAAACAGAUUCAUUGUAUAUUUGUACUGUAAUGACUGAAGCACGAGCUGCAUCUUCUCUUCCAAGAGUCGCAGUAAUUCCCCCUUUAGGGUCUGUUAUGCAGGCGCUGACGCUGUCAUUAGAGGCUUCCCGUUAUUACACAGCGUGGGCGGCGAGAGCUGAUAGUAACCGGUGACAUCACUGACGUCGGGAUCAGGGACUGACAAUUAGCUGCAAUAUUUGCACAGAUCCGCGACGAUCCGUUUGCUUUGAUCUUGUACAAAUUAGGCUCUGCGUCUGUCGCUGCGAGGGUCUCUGUAUAUCCUUCCCGUCUGAAUAUUUGUCUCUAUGUGAUAGGGUCACUAUUCCGGGGCUGCGCUGUACAGUUUCCAUCCUCUGUACAUGUUCGUGCUACAGAUCUGCAGCCGUCACUUUACAACUAGAUGACGCUACUGAGUGUGUGAGAUUCAGUGCAGAGUACAGCGCUCUGCUUCCCCGUAUAUAUCUGUACGGUGCACGUUGCGCAGUCAGCGGUUUGGCGCUGCAGAAUUAUCCUGUGCCAGUCCACUUAAAAAAACAAAGUAAAAAUCUUGAAGGAAAAAAAAAGCCCUGCAUCAAAGUCUUUGGAAGAAAAACUGAUUUUAUGUUUUAUAUAUUUAUAUAUAUAUAUAUAUAUAUAUAUAUAUAUAUAUAUAUAAGACAUAUGUAUAUGUGUAUUCCUUUUGUGUGUGUAUGUGUAUAUAUAUAUAUAUAUAUAUUAUAUGUAUGUGCUUUUGCAUAUAUAUAUAUAUCCUACCUUGUUUUUAUGUUUCCACCAAUAAACCUUUUGGACCUUUGUACUUUU